AGAAGACACAUCCAUUUGGAGCUUUAGACUUGAACACAGAAAUCAUGGUGUUAUUCCUAUCAUUGUUCUCCUUGAUCAUGGCUAUAUGGGAUAAUUUCAUGCUGCUAGGAAUCUUCCUCCUAUUCUUCAUCUUGUCCUUUGAUUUCAUGAAACGUAGGAGACCUUGGAGCCACUACCCUCCAGGGCCAAGACCCCUGCCCUUCAUUGGCACGAUACUACAGAUUGACGUCAAGAACCCUCACCUUUCUUUUAUGUGGCUGUCUAAGAAGUAUGGCAAUGUUUACAGUCUGCAGAAUUUUUAUACUAAUGUGGUGGUACUGAAUGGGAUGGAGACAGUGAAAGAAGCUUUAAGACAUAAAUCAGAAGAUUUUGCUGAUCGCCCUGACUUCACUCUCCAAAAACAUUUGACAGGAAACAAGCAUGGACUGGUACUUGCAAAAUAUACUAGUGCCUGGAAGGAACAAAGGAGAUUCACUCUCUCUGUUUUGAGAGAUUUUGGAAUGGGAAAGAAAUCCUUGGAGUGGCGAGUGGCUGGGGAGACUGAAUAUCUGUGUUCUGCAUUCCGCUCUGAGGAAGGCCAUCCAUUUGACCCCCAUUAUUGUAUAAACAAUGCAGUUAGCAAUGUGAUCUGCUCCAUCACUUUUGGCAAUCGCUUUGACUAUAAGGAAAAGAAUUUCCAGAGACUUUUAUGUCUGUCAGAAGAGACCUUGAAGAAUGCAGUUGGAUUCUUGCCCCAGCUCCUUGAAGUGGUGCCUUGUUUGCUGUACAUCCCUGGAUUGGUACAGAAAGCCUUUGGAUCCCAAAUAGCUAUACUUGACUAUAUAAAUGAGGUUAUAAAGGUGCACAAGGAAACCCGGGAUGCUUCCUGUAGGAGAGACAUCAUUGAUGCUUUUCUAGAAGAAGCAGAGAAGAGAAAAGAGGAUGAGAAGAGCAAAUUCAGCGAUCCCACUCUCAGUCUAAUAAUUGCCGACCUGUUCUUUGCUGGCACCGGCACCGUUGCCAACACUCUGCUUUGGGGUCUGCUCUACCUGGUCCUCCAUCCAAAUGUCCAGACAAAAGUCCAGGAAGAAAUUGAUGAGGUGAUAUGCAAGAAGAGGUCAGCCAAAAUGGAGGACCAGGCAUCCCUUCCUUACACCCGUGCUGUAAUCCAUGAAAUCCAACGUUGUGCAAAUGUUUCUCCAGUGGCGCUGCCCCACAUGACAUACCGGGACACUGUGUUGCAAGACUUCUUCAUCCCCAAGGGUACCACAGUCAUUUUCAAUCUGACAUCUGUACUGAAGGAUGAAACCAUGUGGGAGAAACCAUACAACUUUUACCCAGAACAUUUCCUAGAUGGAAAAGGGCAGUUUGUGAAACAUGAGGCCUUCCUGCCUUUCUCAGCAGGUUUGCGUGUAUGUCUAGGGGAGCAACUAGCCAGGAUGGAGCUCUUCCUCUUCUUCACCAGCCUCCUUCAGCAUUUUACUUUCUGCCUCCCAGAAAAUCAGCCCAAACCACAAGAAGACGGCUGCUUUUCCUCUCUAUUGGCCCCUCAUCCCUUUCAGAUUCAGGCUUUUCCAAGAUAAAAUCAGAUAUUUGCAUAAUUAUUGUGAUGUGUGUGAGAUUAAAAAUCUGGCAUGUGUUGAAAAAUCUCUUUAAGAGAUAU